UUUUUUUUUUUUUAAAGUUGUUAUUUAAAACUCGUUAUAUUUAUUCUGUAGAUCAUAAACAAUAUGGCGAAUAUCAAUUAGUCAGUGAGCGGAGGUCAAAUUUGAUUACAGUAUUAUCUUGUAUAUCUGUUGACUGACCUUUGAGCUCUGAGAAUUUUAUCAUUAUUAUUAAAGAAUAAUAGGUAUAUGCUAAGUCUAUUAAAGCUGUUAUCAACCAUGAGGUUUAGUAAAAUAUCAUCUGUAAGAUUUGUGUUACAGAAACAACCAAAGCAGUUUGCUGUUUGCGAGAAUUCUACAGGUACGGGAUAUUUUCCUCCAGUUACAGAUGUUAUGUUGCCGGCAAAUACGUUUAAAGGUAAAGUUGCCUUUAUUACCGGAGGUGGCACGGGACUGGGCAAGGGCAUGACUACGUUACUCUCGACUUUGGGUGCCCAAACUGCAAUAGUUAGCAGGAAACUGGAUAUUUUGCAGAAGACAGCAGAAGAAAUCACAAAUAUGACAAAACAAAAGGUGAUUCCCAUUUCCGCAGACGUACGUGAUCCCGAAGCCGUAAAAUUGGCCAUAGAUCGGUGCGAGUCCGAACUGGGUCUUCCGGAUAUCAUCAUCAAUAAUGCUGCAGGGAAUUUUAUUUCUCCUACAGAAAGGCUUUCGCCAAACGCAUGGAAAACUAUAAUAGAUAUUGUCUUAAAUGGUACUGCUUAUGUCACAUUAGAUAUUGGGAAACGCCUUAUAAAAGCAAAGAAAGGUGGGGUUUUUCUUGCUGUUAGUGCCACAUACACUGCUGGUGGAUCUGCAUUUGUCGUACCGAGCUGUGCGGCAAAAAGUGGCGUGGAAGCCAUUACUAAAUCUCUUGCCGUGGAAUGGAGUAAAUAUGGAAUGCGAUUCAACUGCAUCACACCAGGACCAAUCAAAACAGAGGGUGCCUUUAGUCGUCUGGAUCCAUCUGGAACGAGACAAAAUGAACUAAUAAAAUUAUUACCUAUUGGGCGAAUGGGGGAUGUAAAAGAAAUGGCAAAUCUUGCUGCAUAUCUUGUUAGCGAUUACUCAAAUUGGUUGACUGGAGAGGUUAUCAGAAUAGAUGGUGGCGAAUAUCCUGCGAGAGCCGGUUCAUUCAACAAGCUCGUAAACGUAACCAAAGACGAAUGGGACGAUAUUGAAAGUAGAAUUCGUCGUUUAAAGGACAUUAAAUGAUUUUUGACCGAGUACCACAAUAAUUAUAAAUAUAUAA